GCUUGGCGGGCCGCGAUCACUGCAGGCCCCCGGGAAAGCAGACCGGCCAUCGACCCAGCGGGACCACCGAUCUUCGGCGGAGGAAGCAGCGCCGGGGUGCACGCUUGGCACCAUGGCCCAGACGCCAGCUUUCGACAAGCCCAAAGUAGAACUGCACGUCCAUCUGGAUGGAGCCAUCAAGCCUGAAACCAUCUUGUAUUAUGGCAGGAAGCGGGGCAUCACCCUCCCUGCCAACACACCAGAGGAGCUGCAGGACAUCAUCGGCAUGGACAAGCCGCUCAGCCUCCCGGGCUUCCUGGCCAAGUUCGCCUACUACAUGCCCGCCAUCGCGGGCUGCCGGGAGGCCAUCAAAAGGACUGCCUACGAGUUUGUGGAGAUGAAGGCCAAGGAGGGCGUGGUGUACAUGGAGGUGCGCUACAGCCCGCACCUGCUGGCCAACUCCAAAGUGGAGCCGAUCCCCUGGAACCAGGCUGAAGGGGACCUCACCCCGGAUGAGGUGGUGUGUCUAGUGGACCAGGGCCUGCAAGACGGAGAGCGGGACUUCGGGGUGAAGGUGCGGUCCAUUCUGUGCUGCAUGCGCCACCAGCCCAGCUGGUCCCCCGAGGUGGUGGAGCUGUGUAAGAAAUACCGGCAGCAGACCGUGGUGGCCAUCGACCUGGCCGGAGAUGAGACCAUCCAAGGCAGCACCCUCUUCCCUGAACACGUGCAGGCCUACGCGGAGGCCGUGAAGAGCGGCAUACACCGCACGGUCCACGCCGGGGAGGUGGGCUCGGCCGAGGUGGUGAGAGAGGCCGUGGACGUGCUCAAGACCGAGAGGCUGGGGCACGGCUACCACACUCUGGAGGACCCGGCCCUCUACAACAGGCUGCGGCAGGAAAACAUGCACUUCGAGGUCUGCCCCUGGUCCAGCUACCUCACCGGCACCUGGAAGCCAGGCGCGGAGCAUGCGGUCGUUCGGAGAAGUGAUGGCCUCAGCAGACGGUGGAGCACGAGGGCCUAGGAUUCUGGUAACUGACUACUGCUGAACUGAAUGAGUAAGCACUUCAGAACUCUAAUGGAAACUGAUGGACUCGUAAAAGUGCCAGCAGAAGAUCAAGGUGAAAAAAUCACGUGGGGCUGAGUGAACUGAUGAGGAUGAUUAUAAGUUUUGUGAUUUUCUGAUUGAAUAAAAAAAAAAAAAAAAAGAGGGCCUAGGCGAGAAUCCAGGACAGUGACACUGAAGGCACAGGCAGGAGGAAAGCCAGAAGUGCGGUGUCCAAGCAAUCUAGGGAAAAGGUCAACAGUACAAAAUUCUGCUCCACAAGUCGGGUGAGGUCAGAGCUAGGAAAAGUCCAUUGGAUUUAAUAAGAUGGUGGCCAGGGACUAUGCUCAGAACAGGCCCCAUGGCGCAUCUGCUGAGUCAGAUCCCAGGGGGGCUGAGGACGGCUGGCGAAGGGGGCAGACAACCCUCGCAGAGUGCGGCAGAGUGUGGAGGGCAGGGCCGGGGUGGGGGGGUAGCUAGAGCGGGCUGUUGCUUUUCUGGCCUCGCCAAGCCGGCCCCUCUCCUGCCUUUGCCUGGCUCUGACCUGGCUGGAUGGCUUUAAGUCUUGAGUUGCUAGUAAUGUGGCCUUGGACAAGUCACCCGAGUUCCCUGAAUUUGUGUCUUCCUCUGUACAACGAGGAGAACCUCCAGGCCUGUCCAAGGGUGCCGCGCGGUUCAAAGGAGUGUGGAUGUCCACGUGCUGAGACUGUUUACACAGCAGUAAUGGGAGGCGCUUCUCCCCCUCCCCCCCCACCCCCCUGCAUU